AUGGCUGAGAUCGACCCAGGAUGGGAUAAAGAAGAAGACCGCACGGACGGGCUGUCAUAUCUUGAAAUUCAGCCUGAGCAGCGGGCAGCAAUAGAACGCAUAUUCCAGCAAUUGCUUCCUGAAUCUACAUUUGGGCUGGAUGAAAUGCAGGAAAGGAUGGGUAUGCAGCCUGCAGUUCCCAACCCAGAGGAGUCUGUCGUCGACCCCCGCGUUCUUCAUACCCCCGGCGCUGCUGUUCCCUCCCCAAAGAAGUCUUUCGUCAACCCGCACAAUCUACAUCACGCUGGCCCUGCUGACCACUACACAAUGGAGUCAUUCAUUGACCCUGGCGUUCUUCAUUCCCCUGGUCUCACCUAUGAUACCAACGGCCAUUCCACGCCGAACUCUUCAGAGGACGCGCCUCAUGAACCUGAUGGUGAAGUAUCGAUGCUGCCGUUGGUAACUGAAAGCCAGCAAGGAGCUGAAGAUGUGCCAGAGCAACACGGUGGCUGCACAAAGGGACGAGAGGACGGAUAUAAAGCUGGACAAGAGGCCACCUAA